AUGCAGACAAUUUGGGAUGUAAGAUGUGAUAAACCAAGAACCUGCAUUUUAUUGAAUAUUAAUAUCAACUUUAUCUGUCUUUCAGAAUUUCUCUGCAGGGACCUCGUUGCCAUACAGAUUCCGGCUAACAUCAACGGAGUUCUACGGAACGUAGUCGUAGCUACAGGUUAUCUACCAGGAGACGACACUCAGGUACCAUCUGCAGAGGUCGAUAAACUGGUAAACUACUGCGAGAGAAUAAAAUUGCCACUUAUGCUCGGUUGCGACUCCAAUGCACACAACGAAGUUUGGGGAAGCACUAAAACCAAUAUAAGAGGUGAGUACCUUUUAGAAUUUAUAACUAGUAAAAAAUUAGAAAUAUGUAAUGUAGGUAAUACACCAACAUUUGUAACUAUCUCACGCAAAGAGGUCCUAGAUAUUACUAUUGGAAACACUCGAGGUUGUGAGCUUGUGAAAAACUGGAGAGUAUCCAGUGAACCAUCUAUGUCUGAUCAUAGAAUUCUAAGGUUCGACAUUGAAGGUUCACCAAUUAACAAGAAAAUUUUAAGGAACCCAAGAAAAACAAAUUGGGAGAACUACACGGAAAAUCUGAAAUACAAUCUUGUCCAAUUAGGGCUAGAUGAAAUCAUUCAGAAUGAAAUUCAAUUAGAAAAUUACCUAGAAAACCUUAAUGGUGCCAUACUAAAUGCAUAUGAGGAUAGUUGUCCAUUAAGCCUGAUUAACUCCACCAAGGAUGUGCCUUGGUGGAACAAUGACCUUAAAAACCUAAGAAACACUGUUAGAGGACUUUUUAAUUACUCAAAGCGAACAGGAGACUGGUCAGAAUAUAGGAAAAAAACUUACUUUGUACAAUAG